AUGGCGCUUGGAGAAUUAAGAAUUUGUGGUACAAAAAUAACUUUAUUAGCAACCAUUUUUAAUAAAUGCACAAACUUAACCACUUUAACGCUUUCAAGCAAUGCCCUUGGUCCAGAAGGUGGAAGAACGAUAGCAGAAGCACUUUACAAUAAUAAGACUCUAACACAUUUGCAUAUUUGGAGUAAUCAAAUUGAUUCAAAUGUGGAUCUUAGCAAAAAUCAUAUUGGCUUCGAAGCAGGAAAAGAUUUAGCAGAGGCCCUUCAUAAAAACACUAAUUUAACUUCCUUAUUUCUUUCUGGUAAUGAUAUUGAUAGCAUUACUUUUCAUAGAAUUCGUGAUUUGCUUAAAAAGAACGAAGAACGACUAAUUUUUCAAGGGCUUAAUAAUAACAAUUUUUUCUAUAAAUAUGACUAUUGA